AUGGAAGAAACAGAGCCACCGUUCAUCGACGACAACAUAAGCUCUGCCCUACCCUCAAGGUUCCGAAUGCCACCCAUCACCCCAUUCUCGGGUUCUGGGGACCUUACUAAGCAUCUGGAAUCCUUUAAAGCUUGGAUGAAGCUCCAAUCGGCAUCCAAGCCAAUCAUGUGCCAUUCCUUUUCCUUAACUUUGGCAAGAGCUAUGCAGAGCUGGUACAAGCAACUGAAGUUAAAGUUGAUCAGUUCCUUUGCUAAUCUCAGCAAGGCAUUCCUAACACAGUUUAUUAUCAGAAAAGAACGAAGAAAACCGUCCACUCACCUACUCACCAUCAAGCAAAGAGAAGGUGAAACGCUGAAGGACCACAUCAUCCAAUUCAAUGGGGAGGCAAUGCAGGUCAAUGACUACUCGAACAAAAUAUCCCUGACCACCAUGAUAGCCAGUCUCAGGGAAGGGAGGUUCCUCUUUUCAAUAGGCAAGAACCCUCCAGCAACUCUAGGUGAGCUCAUGAAUUGGGUGUAA